AUGCCUCCGCACCGCCGCCCCGCCUCCAGCUGCCACAGCGUUCGGGCGCGGCCGAGCGGCCGGUUCGACGCGGAAAUCCGCUCCGGCGACGAGCGGAUCCGCCUCGGCACGUUUGACACGGCGCACGAGGCAACGCGGGCGUACGACGCCGUCGCCUGGCGGCUCGGCCGCUCCCGCCGGACCAUGAAUUUUGAUGAUGUCUGGACGCGGGAACAGGCGGAGAUGCUCGCGCCGCCGCCGGCGGCCAUCACGCGCGAGCAACAGCGCCGCCAGCGGGAGAUGGAGCAGCGCCUCCUCAUCGCCGAGCGCGAUGAGGCUCUCCGCCUCGAGUGGGCACGCCGAUUCCCGGAAGACGUCGCCGCCACGGAAGCCUUCUACGCGUAG